AUGAGUUUUGUGGAUUCAACUCUAGACGACGAUAUUUCCGAUCAAAAAGAAAACAACGAUUUUACGGAUCAAGACAGAAACAAUGAUAUUACGGAUCAAAAUAAAAGCGAUGAUUUUACGGAUCAUGAUAAAAGCGAUGUUAUUACAGCUCCAGAUGGAUUGAUCAUUGGACUUUAUGGUCCCUUCCCUGGUAGUGUAAAUGACCAGAAUGCUGUUUGUGAAACCGAUCUUCUUUCUACUCUCAAGUCUCGCUAUUCAUUUGACGGCAUUGACUAUUGUGUUUAUGGUGACAAAGACUUUGAACGGCAAGGACAAUUAUUAUCUGAAUAUUUUGUGGUAUAUUUGGACACAGAUAAAACAAAAGUCGCUUCAAAUAAGUCUAUGGAACCUUUAAGAGCCUCUAUUGAACAGGUAUUUGAAAACAUCGAAACUUCAUUUUCUGGAGCACUUGAUUAUAGGACACAACUAUUAGGUAAAAGCCAUUUCCUAACAUCCUUUUCAGUUGCUUGUUUGCUUUAUAAUUUUCGGAUCUGUCUUCGCCAUCGGUCGGCCGCUGGAGAGACGUUCAGAGCCACUCCUCCAAUUUUUGACGAAUAUCUCCAAUAUACCAAGAGUUAG